AUGGCCCUAUACGACUGUCCAGUAUGGGCCGAAACCCUGGCGAAGUGCCGGCGUACCCGGCGCACACUCCGCCGCAUACAGCGGCGGGUGGCUAUCAGGGUUGUCAGGGCCUACCGCACCGUAUCCACGGAGGCUGCACUGAACCUGGCGGGAUCCCUCCACUUUGAUCUCCAGGCGGUCGCUGCCGCUGAAGUUUAUAGGCGUCGGCGGGAGUACCGCCGGAGUGGCGUGGAUCCGCCGGGCGAGGCGGUCGAGGAGUGGAAGCGCCAGUCGCGACGACGCACGCGUGUUGCGUGGUGGUGGGAGCUGCUGGUCAGCCCCGCUGCCCGAAAGCGAGCCGUCGGCGCGGUUCUGGCCAACUUCGACAGUUGGCUUGACGGCGGGCAUGGCGGGCUCACCUUCUGGCACACGCAGGUGCUCACCGAGCAAGGUUGCUUUGAUGAGUACCUGCACAAAGUGGGUGCGGAGGCGACAUCCGAGGGCCACCAAUAUGGGGCCGUGCUGAACACGGCCCAACACACGGUGGAGGAGUGCCCAUCCUUUGCUGGUCAAAGGCGGGCGCUCCAAAUGGAGAUAGGUUGCGACCUCUCGCUGCCGGCCGUCGUUGCGGCCAUGGUCGACUGCGAGAGGUCGUGGAAAGCGGUGGCCUUCUUCUGCGAGGCAGUCAUCUCGCAGAAGGAGGCGGACGAGAGGGAGCGGGAGCUUGCCGAUGAAGGCGGCGGGCAGCCGCCCCUUCUGCCCAUCCCCUCCCUGGUGGAGGGGUCGGUACCGCGGGGCCCAGAGCUUCGUGAGUCGCUCGCCGCCCGCUGCCCGCCCUAA